GAUCAUUGCCGACAUUGUUUUCGUUAUUCCUGGUCAACAAAAAUAAUCGACUUUUUAGAUUAGGGUUUCCUUCGCGAGCAGGGCAUUGAAGGACAACCUCAUGGCUGUCAAACUAUUGGCCUUGUUUUCAUUGGUUGCCUUGGUGACGUCCAUCCCUACUCCACCAUCAAAUAAGGCCUCUCCUGUGCCGUCAGAGACUUCGGAUGUUUCUCCUACCACUCCACCACGACAGAACAAAACAGGAGAUAGCAUUCAGGACUCAAAGCCUGUUGAACAGUUUUUAAAGGAUAUGGUUAACAAGAUGAAUAAAUAUCGGUUAAUGCACGCUGCUUCGCCGCUUGAGCUUUCACUCAAUCUUACCAACGAGGCUGAACUUUGGGCCGUCAAGUUGGCCAACAAGGACCAGGAAGAAUUGAAUACCAACUCAAAGUUUGGCCAGGCAAUUUUCUCAACGUCGAGCCCGGAUAACGUAGUGAACGCAAGUGUAGAAUCCUGGUACAACCAAAUUGUACAUUACAGAUUUGAUAGGCCAACCAAGAGUCCCAAGACGAGCUACUUCUCCCAGCUGGUGUGGAGGGGAACACAAGAGGUGGGGAUCGGAAAAGCGUCGAGCGCCAGCGGCAAGACUUAUGUAGUUGCUUAUUUUAGUCCACCGGGUAAUACCGAGGAAAUGAUAAAGAAUGUUUACCCCGUCACAGGAAGUGGAGUAGGAAGACUCAGACCUGCCAGUUGCUCUGAUGGCUACAAACACUACAACAACAGCUGCUUCAAGCUGUUCCCUGGACCAAGGACGUGGGAAAGUGCUGUCCACAAAUGUACGCAGGAGUUUGCUUCACUCGCUUCUGUUGACAGCGAAGCUGAAAAUUACUUCAUUAAGUCACUUCUGACAUCACACAAAAAGAACUUCACAUGGAUCGGACUGGGAGAUCUUAACAACGAUAGUACUUUCACUUGGGUUGACGGAACUUCAAAUGUUUUCGUCAAAUGGGAUUACGAUCAGAGCAACGUCCAGGGAAAGAAAUGUGUGGUGGUCGGCGAAAGCUUUAGCUGGAAAUAUAUACCAUGUGACAAAGGAACAAGCUUCGUCUGCAGGAGAAGGCUCAGAGAUGUCAGCAUUUACGAGGUGUUCUUUAAAUACCUGAACAAGUUGUGGACUGACAAGCUAUUAUCACCGGGAGAAGCUCGCUAUAUAUCACUGAAGACGCACUUACAGAAUGCGAUCAUGCAGAUUUACUCAGACGCAGACUGGUUCGAUGACGUGGAUUUCAAAGGCUUUGCGAAAAGCGACGACGAUAAAAUCCUGGCGACAAUCAGGCUCCAUUUUACACCAGACGAUGACUCACCUCUGGACCCUCUAGAAGUGCUAAGAAAUAAAUUAGAGGGCGGCAAUGCUGGUGAGAGCACUAAACGAACAAUUAUCAUGGGAAUGCUGUCUGGCGAACCUGUUGAAAUUGUUAACACUUCUCUCAUCAUAGAGCAUCCACAGCCUGUUUUGUGUCCUGGCUUCUGUUCUAUUCAACACUGCCCUGCUCCUGUUUGCAGUCAGUCUUGUUGCAGCCAGAACAGCCUUAUCCAGAGCCCAUUGGGGUCAUCAGGAUACCCUGGAGCCCAACCACAACAGCCUUACACAGGCGCUUAUCAGACAAGCGCUUAUCAGACAAGCGCUUAUCAGACAAGCACUUAUCAGGCAAAUCCUUACCAAUCGAAUCCUUACCAAUCGAAUCCUUACCAGACCAAUCCUUAUCAAGCUUACCCACAAAACUACCAGUCCAGUUUUCCAUAUACUGGUUAUUCUCCUCCAGCUCCACAGGGCCGCACACAGGUUGCAACCAGACCCGAUGAGAAAACCAAGCCGUCAUCAUCUAAAGAAGAAGAUGAACCUACCAAAAAACCAGAAGAGCAAAGCAAACCACAAGCAUCACGGCCCCCUCGCCCUGCUUCGCGACCAGUUGGUUAUCCACAGCCUAGCAACCCUGGUUAUCCUGGCUAUGGACAGGGCUAUUCACAACAACAGCAGCCCUCAUCAUCAGCUUAUCAGGCUGCAUAUGCGUCACUCUACCCUCAAUAUAACCCAUACCCCCAGACUAAUCCAUCCUCAUAUGCAUUAGCUUAUAACCAACAAACUAACCCAUCACCUUACACAUCAACUUACAUAUCAUCACCUUAUCCACCAUCUUACCAAUCACCAUACACGGCAUCAUCUUACACAACAGGCUACCCAUCAUACUCACCCUACUACCCGUCUACUCAACAACAGAACGCUGUUUCCGAACAAGAAAAGCCCGGAAGCGCGAAAGGAAAAAAGGGAAGCAAGCAACGACCAAAACAAAAUAACCAACGCCCACCUCCAUACCCUGCGUCUCCUCCACAGGGGUACCCAAGCGCUUACUCGACUAGUUAUGGGUACGCUGGGCAAACAGCCCAACAAGGCAUUCCACAAACACCCAUGUACAUAUCUGGUAAUAGUGGCUACGGUACUAACCAAAUUGCCGGAUACCCGGGUAUGUACGGCAGCAGCACAUCAUCGUAUGGUGGUUACCCAUCGACAUCGUAUCAGGGAGCAGGAUACGCGGCUUCUAUGGCCGGACAAAAUCCCUACUCUGCACAGGCGUGCGCUGGUGCCUGCGCUAAUUCUUGCUCGCCGCAAUGUUCUCCUGCUUGCUGUAGGUCACGCGCUUUCCAAAGAAAACUACAUUAACUUGUCAACAGUUCUAUGUGUGGUAUAACAUUUGUGAAAAUUUGAACGAAGUGGAAAGCUGUUUUAAGUAACACUGAGUUACUUCAGCUUUAAAUUCCAUUACUGAUAAAAAAUCGAGUUUCUAGUCUUCUCUAACAAAUACCUAUGCCUGCAAUUGGUUGAUCAACUGUUGAUCCAUUAGAUCUGUCCCGAAUUCCCUUCAGUGACCACGAAAUAAUACCUUCAAUUCGAGGUUGAGCUUGAUAAAAUACAGUAAAUGUAUGAAAACAUCAAAUCCAACCUCGACUUGGACAUAAUUGUCACUAAAUCGAAUUCGGAAAAGGUCUAUCUAUAACUGUUAGAUAAAGGAAAAAAGACUAACCAGGGAUGAUAAGGGAUACAUAAGACUUUACGAGCACAGCAUGCUUCUGAUAAGAACUGACAAUGCUAAGAGAGACUAACUAGCAGCAUCCGCCUCUACAAAACUAUAGCUUAUUAUAAGACUUGGACAAAUCGAAUACUAAGUAUAAACAAUACCAAUAGAGGCUUUGCACCAUCACGUGAUGGCAGCCAUGACGGGAGGCAGGAACAAUUGAAUCUGGUCUAAUCUGAGAAAGAUUUCAUUUUCUCAGGGGAGAACGACUCUAUUGUUGUGCCUCAUGUCAUGGUUGCCAUCACACGUUUAUGCAAAGCCUUUAUAAGUAAUUCGUACUAUAUUCUAUUGCAGUGGUAGAUCUAGGGAUGGAUCUUGGGAGAACUCGUAGCUGAACCCGUUUUUUACGCUCUGUAGAAUGAAAUUGGUAUCCUUCGUGGCGUUCAUUUUGGAGCCUCGUUUUUAGAAUUCUGGGUCAACCACUGUAUUGUUACGUGUUGUGUACAAGGUAUAUAAAGCACACUAUACAAAAGACUACUUGACUCAGCUGAUAGAAGAAAAGUUAAUAGUAGGACAUAAAGCCCAUUGCAGCAUUCUAUGUACAUAACAUCAAUUGUAUAUUUUAACAUCCAAUGCAACUCACUACGACUCACUACGCUAUUAAGGUCGUUAAAUUUGCUAAGUUCCGAUUUUAAUCCGCUUUUGAUAAGACCUUUUACUAGAAUUGCUUUUGCAUGGCCAUAGAUUUSUACUGCAAUGUGUGAGAAAUAUUGAAAGUUUUUUUAAUGGUUAUCCUGUGGUUAGUGAAGAGUGCCUAAUGGGACACACUUUUAAACGUAUUGAAUGGGGAUAUGAUUAUAAUAAUUAUAGAUUAUCGCACUGAGUGCUUAUACAUGAUAUUUAUUAAAAUAAUCCUGUACAUAAAUGCAGAAAUGAUUUGUGGAAUGCCCAAUAAAACAAUUCAAAAUGUCAA